UGAGCCUGGCUAGCCUGUCAAGGACACAUCCUGGGCUCAUGGGCGGAGGGCGCGGAGGGGUGAGGAAAAUUGUUGGAGGCUUGGAAGACACCAGCAUUCACUUUCUCUUUCAUCAAAACCUCAAAAAUGGCUCCCAUCGGCAAGCUCCACGGCUUCUCUGGAAACUCGCGUUUCCGCCGCGCCCUCGCGGUCGCCACCUACGCCGGCCUCGAGGUCGAGACCGACCCCAACUUCACCAUGAAGGACGGCGCCUGGAAGACCAAGGAGUUCCUCAAGAAGUUCCCCCUUGGUUACCUCCCCGCCUUUGAGGGUGCCGACGGCCUCAACCUCCAGGAGUCGGGUGCCAUUGCGGACUACUUCGCCUCGCUCGCCCCCAACUCGGACCUCGUCCCCGCCGACAAGGAGGUUGCCGCUGAGGUUCGCGAGUGGCAGUACUUUGCCGACCAGGAGAUCUUCAUCAAGACUGGUGUCGCCAUGCGCAUGCUGAACAACCGUCUCCCCUACAACAAGCCCGUCUUCGAGGGUGUUCUUGGCGAGGUCAUGGGCCGCCUCGAGACUCUUGACAAGAUCCUCCUGAAGAAGACCUUCAUUGUUGGCGAGCGCCUCACCAUUGCCGACAUCUUCCUCGCCACCGCCCUGACCAACGCCUUCACCUCUCUCAUCGACGCUUCGCUCCGCGCCAAGGUCCCCAACACCGUGCGCUACGCCAACACCGUCGUCCGCCACCCCAAGAUCGCCAAGGUCUUCGGCAAGGUCGAGUACAUUGAGAAGAUGCCCGCCUUCCAGGCCCCCACCAAGGCCAAGAAGGAGAAGGCUCCCAAGGAGGAGAAGCCUAAGGCUGACAAGCCCAAGGCUGAGAAGAAGCCCAAGGCCAAGGAGGAGGAGGACGCCGACAUUGACCUUGCGCCCCCCGAGCCCAAGAAGGAGCGCAACCCUCUCGAUGACCUCCCGAAGUCGUCGUUCAACCUUGAGGACUGGAAGCGCCAGUACUCGAACCUCGACACGCGCGGUGCCGGCGGCUCGCUCGAGUGGUUCUACAAGAACUUCGACUGGGAGGGCUUCUCGAUCUGGCGCAUGGACUUCAAGUACAACGACGAGCUCACCAUGACCUUCAUGUCGAACAACCAGAUCGGCGGCUUCUUCACCCGUCUCGAGGCUACCCGCAAGUACGUCUUUGGCUCGGCCGGUGUUCUCGGCGAGAACAACAACUCGAUCAUCACCGGUGCCCUCGUGUGCCGUGGCCAGGACGCCAUGCCCAUUGUCGAGGCCGCCCCUGACUACGAGUCGUACUCGUUCACCAAGCUCGACGUCCGCGGCAAGCCUGAGGACAAGGAGUUCUUCGAGGGUGCCCUCGCCUGGGACCUCAAGAUCGACGGCAAGGAGUUCGUCGACGGCAAGCUCCUCAAGUAAGCGUUGUUUGCCGCAUGUUAGUAAAUGGGAAGCGAUGGCCGCGCGGGUGGUGUGGACAGCAUAGAGCGCCACGCGCCGGCAAGGCCUGGUAGUAGUUGGCCUGUAGUAGCAG